AUGGCCCGCAAGAAAAUCGACCCUCGCAUUAAAACGCUCAUCGAGCUCAAUGUGUCCAAUCACCAUCGGUCUCUUUUUGUAAUGAUAGGAGACCAUGGAAGGGAUCAAAUUAUCCACCUUCAUUACAUGCUCUCAAAGGCACAAGUUUGUGCGCGUCCGUCUGUUUUAUGGUGCUACAAAAAGGAGCUUGGGUUUUCCUCAAACAAAAAGAAGCGCAUGAGAAUGCUUGAGGACAAGAAAAAAAAGGGAAUUUCUUUAAACGACGUUGCCAAUGAAGAUAAUUUAUUUGACAGGUUUUUGUCGACCACCGACAUCCGCUACUGCUAUUAUAAGGAGAGCGAAAAGAUCCUCGGAAAUACAUUCGGCAUGUGUGAUUUUGAGGCGCUCACUCCAAACUUACUGGCCCGAACUAUCGAGACCGUUCGAGGCGGUGGCAUGAUAGUCUUGCUUUUGAAUAACAUCAAUUCACUGCGCCAGCUUUACACUAUGACGAUGGACGUACACUCCAGAUACAGAACAGAAGGCACUAAAGAUCAAGAUAUCGUCGGGAGGUUCAACGAAAGAUUUCUUCUUUCCCUUUCUCGAUGCGAUAGCUGCUUGUUUAUCGACGAUUCCUUGAAUGUGUUGCCGAUUACGAGCUUUAGCAGAAACAUGCUUUCUUCAACCGAAGAUGGGGUUGAAAAGGAUCCUUCUACGUUGCAAGAGCAGGAAAAUUCCCGGAUCAAAGAUAUGUUGGACAAGCUACCUGAGGUUGACGGCGUGGUUCGUACUAUAGGCAAUCUUUGCAAGACUGUCGACCAAACACGCGCAUUGAUUUCAAUCGCCGAAGCCAUAUCUGCAAAGUCCCUUCGAUUUACGCUCUCUUUAACGGCCUCUCGAGGUAGAGGAAAAUCUGCCGCGCUUGGACUUGCAAUGGCAGUUGCCGUGUCACAAGGUUUCUCCAACAUUUUUGUGACUUCUCCUUCGCCUUCCAAUUUGGGGACUUUAUUUUCCUUUCUGUUCAAGGGCCUCGAAGCAUUGGGCUAUAAUGAGCAUACCCACUAUGAUGCCAUACAAGCCACUUCUGAGGAGCUUUCGGGCAUUACGGUUCGCGUCAAUAUUUUCAAGACGCAUCGCCAAACCAUCCAGUACAUAGCUCCUGAAGAUUUUCGAGUACUGGGCCAAGCAGAGCUUGUUGUUAUCGACGAGGCAGCGGCCAUCCCAUUGCCUUUGGUCAAAUCGCUUCUUGGCCCGUAUUUGGUAUUGCUAUCAUCUACAAUCCAUGGUUAUGAAGGCACCGGUCGCUCGUUAUCUCUGAAACUCAUUCAGCAGUUGCGAGAACAGCAGGGGGGAUCCUCUGGACGCUUCUUAAAAGAGAUAAAGCUUGAAGCACCGAUCCGGUAUGCCAGAAAAGACCUUAUCGAAGAGUGGCUCAACAAACUCCUUUGCUUUGAUGCUGUUGGCGAAGUAAAAAAGAGCACUUCUCCCUCUUGCCCGCAUCCUAAAGAUUGCCAGCUGUUUUAUGUAAAUCGAGACACUUUAUUUUCUUUUCAUGAAGCCUCUGAGACCUUUCUUCAGAAAAUGAUGUUUUUGUAUGUCUCGUCGCACUACAAAAACACACCAAACGAUCUGCAGUUGAUGAGCGAUGCACCUGCCCACCAUUUGUUUGUGUUGUUGGGUCCAGCCUCUGGAGCUGACGAAGAUUGCAUACCUGAAAUUCUUUGUGUACUCCAAGUUUGUAUUGAGGGAUCCCUUUCCAGGGAAAGCAUCCUGAAAUCUAUUUCUAGAGGCCAAAGAGGAGGAGGCGAUUUGAUCCCUUGGACAAUUUCCACCCAGUUUCAGGACACCGAGUUUGCCAGUCUUUCUGGUGCUAGAAUUAUCCGAAUCGCUACCCACCCAGAGCUCCAGAAAAUGGGCUAUGGAACUCGCGCAAUCACCCUACUUGAGCAAUACUAUCGAGGCGAAAUGUUUUCUGAUGAAAGACUUGCAGACCCAAAGCAGGAUAGUCCUGCACACUCUAAUAUGAGCGAAGAGACGGACUUGGAGUCAUUAUGCCCUCGUGCUAAUUUACCGCCGUUGCUUUACAGGCUGGACGAGCGGGCUCCAGAGCGGCUGGAUUGGGUGGGCGUCUCAUUUGGUCUCACUCAAAGCUUGGCAAAAUUUUGGAAACGCCUUGGGUUUCUCCCUGUUUAUGUCAGGCAAACUAAGAACGAUCUUACGGGUGAAAACACCGUCAUCAUGUUGAAGAACUUUGUUGUCGAAAAUCCCUCCGAUUGGCUUAAGCUAUUUUUUGACGACUUUUAUUGCAGGUUUUACAACCUGCUUCCGAUGGCCUUUCGAGACAUGCCAAUUGCCCUUGCUCUCGAGCUUAUGCAGCAGCAGCAGCAGCAAACACACAACAUAUUUGCCGAUGCCAAAGACUCGAAUGUGAUUGAAUUGCUUUCGAAAUUCGACAUAAGGCGCCUUGAGGCAUAUCUUAGCAACACCGCCGAUUUCCACGUCAUAUUGGAUCUGAUCCCAACCAUUGCAAGGGCCUAUUUCUUUGGUAAGCUUUCUUUAAAGCCGUCAGAUUCUCUCACUCCGGUGCAAAGCGGAAUUCUGCUCUCCAUUGGAGGACAGAUGAAGUCUAUCGACGAUCUAGAAAAUAUUCUUGGCCUCAACUCUUCGCAGCUGUUGGCCAUGCUUUCAAAGAUACUGAAGAAAUUCUUUAAUAUUUUCAGAGGUCACGAGGAAAAUCGGGCUACCAGGUCUCUCCAAACGACAUCGGAUGUUGGUGUAAGCCAAGCGAAUCCCAACACAUCAAAGCGCUCGCUUUCCGACGAAGCGGCAUGGGAUCCCACGCCUCAAAGCUUAGAUGAGGAUCUUCGGAUUUCUGCACUUUCUGCCAACUCUGCCUUUCGCUCAAAGCAGCAGGAAUUGAUCGAUUCUCUGGACAUAUCGAAAUAUGCCAUCGAUAUCGCCGAUGAGCAAUGGAGUUCUGCCGUGGACGGGAAAAAGAACCUUUCGAAAUCGUCGACUUUGGCCGUGCAAAAAGAGUCGAAAAAGCAGAGCGGUCGCGGCUACCUUAAGACCCUGCAAGAGAUCGAGGCCAAGAAGGAAUCAAGACGCGUUUUGAAGUGCAUGUCAAAGUCAGAGAAAUGA